GGAAGUGAUCACAUCAUAAACAGGAUGCUUGCAACUAUUUGCUAUCAAUUCUUCUCUCCAACAACUUCAGGGUCUCAGCACAAUGCAGCUGUAUUUAGAAUUGUUGAGAUCAAGUUUCCUUGGACUGAGCUGUCCUGAGCACCAGGCAUACCAAGAAUUGAAGUGGGUUGGAUUCACCUUCAUCAAAGUCCCAACAAUUUUAUAUACCAUCCAUAUCAUGCUGAAUGGAGAAAAUGCCACAGGUGAAUCUGAAGAUUUACUAACAGCAGUUCAGCGUUUGGCACAAUUAACAAUACUGUUAGACCAAGUUGACUCUAGAAUCAACUGUAAUUGUCUUGAAUACCUUCUAAAUGAACUUUGUAACAAGACCAGCUUGAUAUCAGAAAGAGAUGCCCAGGAAAUCAUUACAAAAAGAGUAAAGGAAUCCAAUGUUCUGUCCAAUAUUCAGAAGAAUGAUGCCCAAGGCUCACAUCCUGGUAAUCCUAACCUUAUCCUCCGAGCCCAGCCUACUGUUACCAGUAUAUUAAAGACACUCAGUAAUAAGAAUCAGAGUAAUAUUUCUGAGUAA